GCUCUCCCCGACUCCCCGUUCGGUGUCUUUCGGCACUGGCCGGACAUUUUCGCCUCUUUGUUUUAUAGAAAGUAGCUUUAACUCGGAUCCGAGCCCAUAUCCAGCCGACCGUCGUCCCCCCGAGCAGCUGAUGUCUUUGUCCAAGGAGACCUACAGGAACCCAAAUCAGUGCUCACCGGGUUACAUGAACCCCGAGAUGCUGACUAGGAGGAUCAAGCUGUGGGACAUCAACGCUCACAUCACCUGCCGCCUCUGCGAGGGCUACCUGAUCGACGCCACCACGGUCACCGAGUGCCUGCACACCUUCUGCAGGAGCUGCCUGGUGAAGUACCUGGAGGAGAACAACACCUGUCCCACCUGCCGGAUCGUCAUCCAUCAGAGCCACCCCCUGCAGUACAUCGGCCAUGACCGAACGAUGCAGGAUAUCGUCUAUAAGCUGGUCCCCGGCCUACAGGAAGCCGAGAUGAAGAAGCAGAGGGAGUUCUACCAGAGGCUGGGUUUGGAGGUCCCCGGAGACGCCAAGGGAGAGCUGUGUAAUACGAAGUUGCACCUCGAUGGCCAACACAACGGGGACGUAAAGCCUGAGGAUGGGGCCAAUAAGGAGUCUCCAGAGGACAAGCAGGAGGAGGACAAUGACUACCACAGGAGCGAUGAACAGGUGAGCAUCUGCCUCGAGUGCAACAGCAGCAAACUGCGAGGCCUCAAGCGCAAGUGGAUCCGCUGCUCGGCCCAGGCCACCGUCCUGCACCUCAAGAAGUUCAUCGCCAAGAAGCUCAACCUGACGUCAUUCAACGAGCUGGACAUUUUAUGCAACGAAGAAAUCCUGGGCAAGGACCACACGCUGAAAUUCGUAGUCGUGACAAGAUGGAGAUUUAAGAAAUCUCCACUUCUCCUGCAUUACAGACCCAAGAUGGAUUUGCUGUAGUGGGACAGAGCAGCUGCAGGACCCCCCCCAGGUUCAGGGCGUCACGCUCAGCUCCUGCUGCGGCGAUGUCACCGUCCCGGCGUUAACGCGACCCCACGUCGACCACCAGCUCACCCGAAGACCACCCGGCCACCAGGAGGCACCCCUGUAACCGGGGAGGGGGGGGUUCCUGAGACGCAGCCUUUUGAUCUGCUAAGUCCUACACAUGUGAACAUUGGAAAAAGAGAGAGAGAAAAGAUAUUUAUACUUUUGUACAGAAGAGAGAUUAGUGAAGCAACCCAGACACUACUGGUACUCUGUUUACACUUGGACAGGAGGAGGAGGACGGUGGGCAGGGCGCCACUGCUUCUGUACCUGCGGACAUGACCUCUGACCUCCCCUGCAAACCCGCCUGCCGUCGCGUUUUCGUGAGUUGUGACACCAGCGGUGCGGGGUGGCGGACACACACACUCCACAGUCCACUCCUUUCAGGUCACACAUCUUGGGAGCGCAGAAAGUACAUAUAUAUAGUUAUAUAUAAACACGAUUUCUAAACAGUUUAUCGAGUUUUGUAUCGUCU